AUGACAUAUGACCCAGUAUCCACUGUUUAUUCUUAUCCGUAUGAGACUCCGCUACAGCCACCAGCCAUUCCUCAACCGUAUCCAUAUCCAACGUCGACAGCGGGACCAGCACAAACUGUUCGUGUGUAUCAUUAUGACGAACCUCCGAAAUACUCGUCGACGACUCCUAAGUCUAAUUAUCAAGUACCUCCACAAACGAUUUCUCACACACCGCCUCAAUUUUCUUCCAAAUCUUCAAAACAACCUCAUUUAAAAUCGGUUCAACAGAAGCCAGUACAGAGUCCAUCUUUUUCGAUAUAUGACAAUCAUGCUAACAGUGUGGUAAAUGACAAUUUUGACGAGCUCCCUACACUUCGUACGGCCUCUACACAGACGACAAAAUGCUAUCAAUCAAAACUUUUUCGAGUUGCACUGUUACUGACACUACUCGCUCUCAUUGUGAUAGCUGCGGUCGUACCACUUGUCAUCUUAGUAGUUAAAGCAAAUACAUCAACAACAACAGCAGCUCCUGCAUGCGCACGAACAUAUUCAGCAACAUUUUCAAGUAGCACCAGUAGUACAGCCAGUGAUUGUGCCACUUGGCAAGCAUUUACGGCUGGCUUAACUUGUUCAAGUUAUUCAACAAUGCGUAUCUACGGUACAAACAAUCCUACUGGCAUUACUAUUACCAGUGCGUCUGUUGUGACUGGUCUUGCGGCUGCUUUACGUGCAAACAGUACUUAUACGGGCGUCGCAGGCGGAUAUACGUGGGCCGUAGGAUCUUGUGGAAGUGGCCUGGAAAUAACUUCAACAGGAUCUGUAUGUGGUUGCUCAUCAGGUUAUACUAUAAGAGCAUGUAUAUACAAUGCCAACUGGGGUGGAAUCAACGGUGCAACUUGUAGUGCAACUGGACAAACUGUAUCACUUUAUUUUGCAUGA